GUUAAUUGUUAAAUUGUGUCAUGGCCUCCGGAUGGUUCGAAAAAAUCAAAGUGGAAAGUCGCCAAGUAAAAAAUCACGAAAAAGUGACCCUGAUUCUUCCCACAGUAAUGUGAUGUUUACUUCUUACACAAACACAUCUGUUCAUAAACGAAAUUUGUGUAUAGUUUCUUUCCCUAUUAUAUUUUUAUUUAAUAUUUUGCGGUCUCUUCUUUAUCAAAUUUUUGUUAUUUUGCGUUUUGUUUACUGUAGUUCAUCAACUUAUUUUGUGCGUCAUCGUAUUACUGAUUGUGAGAAUGGUGAAAGAAAUAGCUCUGUAGUUAUUGAAGAAAUUACAGAAAUGGCACAAGCAAGAACGACAGGUCCAGGCCCAGGUGAUCCCUUAUUAGCCAAACAGAAGCAUCACCACCGGAGAGCCUUUGAAUACAUUUCCAAAGCUUUAAAAAUUGAUGAAGAAAAUGAAGGCCAGAAAGAAUUAGCUAUUGAUUUAUAUCGUAAAGGUAUUACUGAACUAGAGCUUGGUAUUGCUGUACAAUGUUGGGGUGGCAAAGGUGAAGUAUGGGAACGAGCUCAGAGAUUACAUGAAAAAAUGAAGACUAAUUUAGCUAUGGCAAAGGACAGGCUCCAGUUUUUAGAAAGCAUGGAUAGGUUACAUAAUUUGGAAGUAAACCAACCAAAGGAACAUCCUAAACUUUCGUACACUACCAAUAUCCCUACACCCAAAGUUAUUCCAGCUUCAGGAAAAAAAUUGUCAGUAGCCAGCAAACGUCCGGCAAAUUCUCCACUAUCAAAAAGUCUUACCUUACCGCGUUCUAUGGGUUCACGUAAUGCCCCAGUCCAGCCAGUUCGUCCAUUUAAUAAGAUAUCUUCUACUCCUCCCGCCAUUAAAAAACAGUUAUCUGUCCCUGGAAAUUCUGGAUCUCCAGCAAGAAAAGCUAAUAGUGCUAAUAACAAUAACAAUGGAGGUGCGAGUACAAGUAAGCAGGCACAAAGGGCGCGCUCCACAUCUUUACGAGGAGUAGAUCCGAAAUUGGCAAAUGCUAUACUUGAUGAAAUUGUUGAAGGAGGGCCUUUAGUACAAUGGGAAGAUAUUGUUGGCCAGGAUGUUGCGAAACAGGCAUUGCAGGAAAUGGUAAUUUUGCCUUCUCUACGUCCAGAAUUAUUUACUGGGUUGAGAACUCCUGCUAGAGGUUUGCUUUUAUUUGGUCCUCCAGGAAACGGAAAGACUUUACUUGCCAGGGCAGUUGCUACAGAAUGUCAGGCUACUUUUUUUUCCAUAAGUGCUGCAAGUCUUACUUCAAAAUACGUUGGAGAUGGUGAAAAAAUGGUGCGUGCUCUAUUUGCCAUUGCAAGAGAGUUACAGCCUUCUAUUAUAUUUAUUGAUGAAGUAGACUCUCUGUUAUCAGAAAGAACAAAUAACGAACACGAAGCUAGUCGUCGACUUAAGACUGAGUUUCUUGUAGAGUUCGAUGGUUUGCCCAGUAAUCCAGAGAGUGAAAAAGUAUUAGUCAUGGCAGCCACGAAUAGGCCUCAAGAAUUGGAUGAAGCUGCGCUUAGACGUUUUCCAAAAAGGGUAUAUGUGAGCUUGCCAAAUUUAGAAACUAGAGCUAAAUUAUUAAAGAAAUUGUUGUCAAAACAAGGUUGCACAUUGACACAACAAGAAUUAAAGAGGUUGGCAACAUUAACGGAAGGUUAUUCAGGUAGUGAUUUGACUGCACUUGCCAAAGAUGCUGCACUUGGUCCAAUUAGAGAAUUGCAACCAGAACAAGUAAAGCAAAUGGAUCCGAAUGCUGUGCGUAGCAUAACAAUUAAUGAUUUCUUGGAUUCCCUAAAGCGCAUUAGACGUAGCGUGUCACCGCAAAGCCUUGUAGCUUAUGAAAAGUGGUCUUUACAGUACGGUGAUGUUUCAUUGUAAAGUUCCCACAUUCCUAAUAUACUCACUAUUUCUCAGUUAGUUAUAUUUUAAUUUAUCUGUGAUAAGUAUUUUGUUAUUUUGAGAGUGUUUCAAAUCUGGUGAUUUUUCGUGAGUAAUGAAGGUGUUUUCUCAGAAUGAAUACAAACAAAAAAGACAUUUUGUGAUCGUUAACAUUUUUUUCUAAGGAAUAAAAGUUUUAUUGUUAAUUCGUUUUUAUCGUUUCUUUUUAUGAAAUUUAUUUGAUUAAAUUUUCAUGAAUAUAGCAGGGACAGAAGUUGGAGAGGCCGCGGAGAUAACCGAAGAAACUUAUUUUAUAAAUGCUAAUAACAAAUUCGUGUAAAUAGUUUAAUAAAUUGAGAAUAUCUGUUCAAAUUUUGUAGAAAUAUGAUUUGGGAUGUUAUUACUUGCAUAAAUAAUGAUUUCUAGCCUAUAAAUAGAUAUGAUUGCGCCAUUCUGCCGGUAAUCAUUUAAAAUGUUUGGUAUAUUUUUAUUCUAUUUAUCUCGAAGUCGUCCGAUGGUGUUUGCCGUUUACCAUCUCUGUGCCCACCAAAAGCCAACCAACAUCUGUCCCUGCUAUACUAUAAAAAUUACAAAUAACAAAACUAAUUGGAACUUAUGAAAAAUCAUCAAAUAUGGUAUUAAUUCAAAUGUAUUUUUUGGUAAUUUUAGAAUAUGUAAAAUUUUAAUAGUUUUAAGUUUGUUUUGUUUAUGGAUGAUUUUUAAACAUUUUUUUGUAGUGUUAAAAAUGUAGAUGGAACAGAAGAUUUAUUCUUUUUUAUAAAAUGCCAUUGAAUUAAAAAAAAAUUAUGUUGAAAGGUUUUGGACCAAUAUAUUAUUUAACUCAAUAUAAAUUUUAAAAAAAUGCUUCUUUUAAUAAUAUUUGUAUUUUCAUC